AUGGCCGAAGCGACCUCCACCCCGCGCAUCACGGCGCAGUAUCUCGACAACUACGUCGGUCGCAACGUCAUGCUCAUUGGCAAGGUCUUGCAGCUGCGCGGUGACUCUGCUGUCCUUGAUGCGGACGGAAACGUCACUGCUAUUCUCAACCGCGAUGUCCACCUCACCAAUGGCAACGGUGCACAGAUUAUCGGCAAGGUCAACCCGGAUCUGUCCAUCAAAGUCCUUACCUCACGCGAUUUAGGAGCCGAUGUUGCCCAUCCUCAUGCCAUGUUCAAUAACGCGCUUAAAGCCCCCAGCACCUCUCGCAACCCCCUCACAGCACCAUUCAUGAUGACCGCCCCCGCCAAGCACACCGCUGACAAUACACCAGACUAUCAGCUCGCCGCGGCCGUGCCGUCCGGGCGCGUGUACGGGCGCAACCAGGUCACCAUCCCCGCACUCAGCCAACCCGCGCGCACUCCGCCCCGAGCUCGCGUGACCCGGCCGGCGACGACGACUACCAUCGCCACCACCACCACGGUGAACCCCAUUCAGGUGCAACGACAGCAGGACCAUCAGAGACAGCAUCAUCAUCAGAGACAGCAGCAGACACCACCUCCCGCUCAACGUCGACCCCCGCGAUAUAUCCCGCCCACACCAACCCCACCUUCCCCCGACCUGACGCGGCAUCGAUCAAAUACCCCUAUCCCAUUAACACACCCCCCGUCACCGCAGACCCAAAAGCGUUGUGCAUCCACCUUCCAGGCAUCUCAACCUCAACAACCUCGGCAGCAUGAUCGAGACCAUCGCCAAUCCUCAAAUGUGAACCAGGACAAGAGGACAAGUAUUCCCUACCGCCCUUCUCGCACAGCAGCUCUACGUCCGACGCCGCCGUCACCAGACAUACCCUCACGAUCGACUUUUGCCCCGUUUACAUCAGACUCUACCUCCAUUUCUAAGCAGCCACAGAUCAAAGCUUCUUCUGAGAGCUCCAGUAGGACCGUUAAAGCCAGAGAAGGACGAGAGGCUGAAGAGCGCAGGCCUCGUCGGCAGAGGUCGAGACCAAAGGAGCCGGAAGUCGCAGUCAAGGAGGUUGCCGACGACGAUUCGGACCUCUUGGGCGCUAUCCUGGACGGUAUCGGGCGUAUGGCGGUCGGCACUGUCGCUAUGCGGAUGGACGAUGCAGGGCGGUGGAGGAUCCGCCGUGACCCGGGAGAGGAGAGUGAUUAG